AGACUACACAGGACUGCCUCUGAGAUGUUGGGAGAACUUUAAAAUCCCAGCAAACUCCCAUCAGGCUCAGACUGACUCCUAACAGUAAAGAGCGGGAUCCUGUUUUUCCCAGAAGCCUCAGGAUUCUUUCAAAGCCACAAAAAAACACCUGAGAACAUCUGACCUGGAGUUUGGAGGAAGUGAGAAGACCUGACAUACCCACCAGACUCUGAAGAAGAAUCUGACAGGUUGGAGCUCUUCAGGCCAAGAUGGAGUCCAUCAGCCAAGAUACUGAGGUGAAGACAAAUGGAUACACAGACGUCCAUGGCCCAAUGGCUGGCAUAUUUCUGGCAAAGACAAAAGAGAAGAUAUCCAUAUAUCAAGCCAUGAAAAAGCGCCUGCUUAAGCCACGAACAGCUUUAGCUCUGCUUGAAGCACAAGCCGCCACAGUGGGUAUUAUUGACCCCAUAAACAACAAAACAGUCACUGUUGCAGAUGCUGUGAAAGAGGGAAUUGUUGGACCAGAAAUGAAAGAAAAACUUUUAACAGCAGAAAAAGCAGUCACUGGCUAUGCAGACCCCUACACCAAUGAAAAUAUAUCUGUGUUCCAAGCAAUGAAAAAAGAUCUAAUCACAAGAGAAUAUGGUCUCAGACUGCUGGAAGCACAGAUAGCAACUAAAGGCCUGUUUGACCCUGUUGAGAAGAAACACAUUUCAAUUGAAUCAGCAAUUCAGAAGGGCUACUAUGAAAAAGGUUUGCUGAACAACCAAAUGGAGGAGCUCAAAGUGUUUUACAACCCAAACUCACAGGAAAAUCUCAACUAUCAAAACUUUCUGGAGACAUGCACUGUGGAGCCUGACACAGGCCUGCUGCUGCUUCCUGUUCACAUCACUUUCAAAGGCCUGCGAAGAGGAAUCUCCUGCACUGAACUUCUUGAUUCUAAGAUCAUUGACCAAGAAACAUUUGAUGACCUACAGAAGGGGAAGACCACAACACAGGAUGUGAUGCUGAUGGAAACAGUCAAAGAAUACCUAGAGGGCAAAGGCAGUAUUGCUGGAAUUGCAAUUCUUUCAUCCGACCAGAGAAUAAGCAUUUAUGAAGCAAUGAAACAAGGUAUACUCAUGCCUGGAACUGCCCUAGUUUUACUGGAGGCCCAAGCUGCGACUGGAUUCAUGAUUGAUCCUGUUGAAAAUAAAAAGUUCACUGUGGACGAAGCCCUCAAGCACAAACUUUUUGGCCCAGAAUUUCAUGCAAAGCUGCGUUCUGCUGAGCGAGCAGUUACUGGAUACAAAGACCCAUACUCGGGUGAAACUAUAUCCCUGUUUCAAGCCCUGUCGAAAGAUCUCAUUGUAAAGGAGCAUGGUAUCCGCCUACUUGAGGCACAAAUUGCUACAGGUGGAAUAAUAGACCCAAUCAAUAGUCACAGACUGCCGACAGAGGUAGCUUUCAAGAGAGGCUACUUCAAUGAAGAAAUGAAUGCCAUCCUAGAAGACUCAGGGGAUGACACAAAAGGGUUUUUUGACCCAAACACAGAGGAUAAUCUGACUUACCUUCAGCUGAUGGAAAGAUGUGUCAUUGAUCCCAUCACUGGACUGUGCCUCCUUCCUCUCCUUGAAAAAUCAGGCAAGAUGAAUUUCAACUUCAUUGACUAUCAUACUAAAACGGCCUUCAGAAAGGAGAUAGUGGAAGUACACUAUGGAAAGUACAUGGGAAUGGCAGUUUCUCUGUGGGAAUUGCUGAUGUCUGAAUACUUGGAUGAACACCAGAGGAGGGACAUCAUUCAAAAGUACAGAGAGGGGAAGCUUGAUAUCAAGACAAUUGUUACAAUGGUUCUGGAAAUCAUUGAGAAGUCUGUGAAAUCAACAAAGAUAGUCUUUGAGGGCAUCCGAGAAACAGUCACUGGCAAACAGCUUGUAGAGGCUGACAUCAUUAGUGAGGAGGUCUUAGAAGAUCUGAAAAAGGGGAAAAAAUCCAUGAAAGAAAUAAUAGAAGACGAAAAUAUAAAUGUGUAUCUGCAAGGAAAAGACUGUAUUGCUGGGAUUCUGCUUCCUGAUUCUGAAAUCAUGAGCAUCUACCAGGCCAAACAGAGAGGAAAGCUGAUGCCAGGAACUGCUCUGAUUCUUCUGGAGGCACAGGCAGCUACAGGGUUCAUUAUUGAUCCUAUUAGAAACCUGAAGUUUUCAGUAGAUGAUGCUGUGAAAGCAAAGGUUGUGGGGGCUGAUGUCUGUCAAAAGCUGCGCUCAGCAGAGAAAGCAGUCACCGGAUACAAAAAUCCAUAUGAUGGCAAAAAAAUUUCUUUGUUCCAAGCCAUGCAGAAAGACCUCAUCGUUAAAGAUCAUGGAAUUCGUCUUCUUGAAGCACAAAUUGCUACCGGAGGCAUUAUUGACCCUGUGAACAGCCACCGCAUUCCUGUUCAUGUGGCCUAUAAAAGGGGCUAUUUCAAUGAGGAAAUGAACCAGAUUCUGAGCGAUCCAAGUGAUGACACCAAGGGAUUCUUUGACCCCAACACCCAAGACAACCUAACAUACCUACAGCUUUUGGAUAGAUGUGUCACAGAUCCCAUUACAGGUCUGUGCCUCUUGCCACUUAAAAGCAAAGGCAAAAGAACUAUAGAUGUCAACAUUAAGGAAACAUUCAUUGCAACUACAGUCACCGUUAAGUAUGGGAGGUUCAAGGGCAAGAACACAACACUGUGGGAUCUUAUUAAUUCAGAGUACCUCUCUGAGGAAAGAAGACAGGAGUUUUUCAAGCUCUUUAAGUCCCGGAAAAUCACAAUUGAGCAGCUAAUUGUCACCAUUUUAGAAAUCAUUGAGACUAAAGAGAUAAAACAGCAAGAGGGACUAAAGUUUGAUGGUCUAAGAGGGAAGAUCUCCGUUGUGGAUCUUCUGGACCUACAAAUUGUGGAUGAAAAAACAUACAGCAGUUUAGUUGAUGGCACAAUGACAAGCACUGAUGUGAUGAAAAUGGAUUCUGUCAGAAACUACCUACAAGGAAAAAGUUGUGUGGCUGGGGUGAUACUACAACCUUCCAAUCAGAAGCUAAGCAUCUAUGAGGCUCAGAGGACUGGCAUUCUUACCCCUGGCACUGCCCUUUGUCUUCUUGAGGCACAAGCAGCUACAGGAUUCAUUGUUGAUCCUGUGAAAAACAACAAAACUACUGUGGAACAUGCUCUCAAAGAAAACUUAAUUAGUCCGCAGAUUUAUGAAAAACUUCUGUCUGCAGAGAGGGCCGUUACUGGUUACAAAGAUCCUUACACUGGUGAAAAGAUUUCACUUUUUCAAGCCUUGAAAAAGGAUCUGAUCGUGAAGCAGCAUGGCAUCCGUUUACUUGAGGCCCAGAUCGCUACAGGUGGUAUCAUUGAUCCUUUAAAGUGCCUUCACCUUCCCCUUGAGGUUGCAUACAAGAAAGGAUAUUUUGAUGCUGAACUAAACCAAAUCCUGUCGGACCCAAGUGAUGACACAAAGGGAUUUUUUGAUCCUGCCACAAAAGAUAACCUAACCUACAUGGAGAUGUUGGACAGAUGUGUAAAAGACAAGGAAACAGGACUGUUUCUUCUUCCCUUGAAUAACACACCAAAGAUUAAGGAAACAAAGGCAAAAAUAUACACUGAUGAAGAAAUAAAGCAAGAGUUUGAAAAGACAGCUGUGAAUGUAACAGUGGGCCGUUACUCAGGAAAAUCAAUUUCACUUUGGGACUUAAUUCACUCACGGUACUUCACUGAAGACCAACGGACUGAGUUCAUUGAAAAGUUCAGAACAAGAACAGUUAACACACAAACCAUAAUCACAUUAGUGAUUUCCACCAUCGAAACACUGGAACAGAGUGAAACUCCCCAAAAGACAAUGGGCCUGAGAAGGUCUGUCUCUGUGCACCAACUACUAGAUUCUGAUAUCAUUGAUGUAGAUACAUUUCAUCAGAUGAAGGAAGGGAAACUUACUUUUGAAGAAGUAACCCAAACUAAAUCUGUGCAGCAAUACCUGAAGGGAACUGGAAGCAUUGCUGGAAUAAAGGUUCAUCCAUCACAGAAAGUAAUGAGCAUUUAUGAGGCACAAAAAGAAGACCUGUUGACACCUGGGAUUGCACUGAUGCUGCUUGAAGCACAGGCUGCAACAGGGUGGAUCAUUGAUCCACUCAACAACAAAUUCUAUACUGUUGAUGAGGCACUGAGAAAGGGAGUUACUGGUCCAGAUAUACAUGAGAAACUUGUCUCAGCUGAACGAGCCGUCACUGGCUACAAAGACCCAUACACAGAUGUAGCAAUAUCAGUGUUUGAAGCCAUGAAUGAAGAACUGAUUCCAAGAAGUGAUGGCAUCCGGUUUCUUGAGGCACAGAUAGCAACUGGGGGAAUCAUUGAUCCGAGUCAAAGUCACAGGGUACCUCUUCAUGUUGCUAUUAAAAAGGGAUGCCUGGAUGAUGAGCUCAGCAAAAAUAUUUUGAACCCUACCAAUGAUGCAAAGGGAUUCUUUGAACCAAAUACCAAAGAAAAGAUCUCUUACCUGGAGCUGAUAAAGCUGUGUGAGAAAGAUCCUAAGACUGGGCUACUUCUUCUACCACUAUAUGAAAAGCAAUCUCAAACUUUUCAUACUGAUGAGCAAAUAGAGCUCACUUUCAAGAACAAAAAUAUUACCAUGAAUGCAGGAAAAUUCAAAAACAAGCAAGUGACACUGUGGGAAGUGCUACUCUCGGAAUACAUUUCAGAAAACAAAAGAAAGCAACUCAUAGAGCAGUACAGGACAGGAACUCUGACAAUUGAGGAAAUAAUUGAAAUUCUUACAGUUAUCAUCACAGAGGUGGCAUCCAAAGAAAGAAAGUUCAAAGGCCUAAGGAAGCAGGUUUCUGCCAGUGAGCUGUUUGAAUCAAAGAUCAUCUCAAAGGAACUUUUUACACAGAUCAUAACGGGUGAAGUAACUGAAGAGAAAAUUAACACAAUGGAAUCAAUUCAAAAGUACCUUGGGGCUACAAACUGCAUAGCAGGUGUCCGAGUUGAGUCCACAAGGACUGUAAUGAGCAUCUAUGAAGCUAAAACUAGAGGUCUGUUGACCCCUGGUACUUCCCUGGUUCUGCUAGAGGCUCAAGCUGCAACUGGUUUUGUCAUUGACCCCGUGAACAACAAGAAACUUUCAGUAGAAGAAGCAGUGGCACAGGGUGUUGUUGGCAGAGAGUGGAAAAACAAACUUCUUUCAGCUGAAAGAGCCGUCACAGGAUAUAAAGACCCCUAUACUGGCAACACAAUUUCUUUGUUCCAGGCACUAAACAAGGACCUUAUUGUCAAAGAUCAUGGAAUCCGUUUACUUGAAGCACAAAUUGCUACAGGAGGCAUAAUCGAUCCAGUCUACAGCCAUCGAGUGCCUGUACAGGUGGCAUACCAAAGAGGCUACUUUGAUGAGAAAAUGAACCAGAUUCUCUCCGACUCUGAUGAUGACACCAAGGGCUUUUUUGACCCCAACACCCAAGAAAACCUCACCUAUCUCCAACUGGUUGAGAGGUGUGUAACUGAUCCUGUUACAGGUCUUAAUUUGCUAUCCAUUGUAAAGAAAGGAGAGUUUUAUUUCUUUGUUGAUGAGGCAACAAAGCUCAUUCUGAAAUCUACAACAACAACCAAAGCUGGAGGGAAAUAUCAAGGAACAAUGGUAUCUCUGUGGGAACUGCUGUACUCCAUAUACAUCACAGAGGAAAAGAGGAGAGAGCUUGUGCAACAGUACAAGUCUGGAGCAAUCACGAUUGAACGCUUCUUAGAGAUCAUACUGACGAUAAUUCAACAGAAGACCACGCCAAAGACAACCAUCACCACAACCACUGUCACAGAAACUACUGAAGUUGACAACUUUCAUGGAAUCAGGAAAGAUGUCAGUGCAACUGAGUUGCUAGAAUCAAAGAUCAUCACUGAGGAUGUCUACAAAGACCUCAGUGCAGGAAAAGUCACAGUGAAGGAAGUAAGUGACAUGGAAUCGGUCCGCAAAUACCUAGAGGGGACCAACAGCAUUGCAGGAGUUUAUCUGCAGUCCACCAAAGAGACUCUGAGCAUCUAUGAAGCUAAACAGAGAGGUCUACUGACCCCUGGGACCUCACUGGUUUUACUGGAGGCCCAAGCUGCAACUGGUUUUGUCAUUGACCCCGUAAGAAACAAGAAACUGUCAGUAGAGGAAGCUGCAGAACAAGGAGUUGUUGGAAGUGAAUGGAAGAAAAAACUGCUCUCAGCUGAAAGAGCCGUCACAGGAUAUAAAGACCCCUACACUGAAAAGACCAUUUCUCUGUUCCAGGCACUGAAAAAAGAUCUUAUUGUCAAAGAUCAUGGAAUUCGUCUCCUUGAAGCACAAAUUGCUACAGGGGGCAUCAUUGACCCAGUCUACAGCCAUCGAGUGCCUGUACAGGUGGCAUACCAAAGAGGCUACUUUGAUGAAGAAAUGAACCAGAUUCUCUCUGACCCUGAUGAUGACACCAAGGGCUUUUUUGACCCCAACACCCAAGAAAACCUCACCUAUCUCCAGUUGGUUGAAAGAUGCGUCACAGAUCCCAUCACAGGCCUCAGCCUCUUGGUCAUUGUAAAGAAAGGAGAAGUGUAUUUCUUCGUUGAUGAGGCAACAAAGCUCAUUCUGAAAUCUACAACAACCACCAAAGCUGGAGGGAAAUAUCAAGGAACAACGGUAUCUCUGUGGGAACUGCUGUACUCCAUAUACAUCACAGAGGAAAAGAGGAGAGAGCUUGUGCAACAGUACAAGUCUGGAGCAAUCACGAUUGAGCGCUUCUUAGAGAUCAUACUGACGAUAAUUCAACAGAAGACCACGCCAAAGACAACCAUCACCACAACCACUGUCACAGAAACUACUGAAGUUGACAACUUUCAUGGAAUCAGGAAGGAUGUCAGUGCAACUGAGUUGCUAGAGUCAAAGAUCAUUACUGAGGAUGUCUACAAAGACCUCAGUGCAGGAAAAGUCACAGUGAAGGAAGUAAGUGACAUGGAAUCGGUCCGCAAAUACCUAGAAGGGACCAACAGCAUUGCAGGAGUUUAUCUGCAGUCCACCAAAGAGACUCUGAGCAUCUAUGAAGCUAAACAGAGAGGUCUACUGACCCCUGGGACCUCACUGGUUUUACUGGAGGCCCAAGCUGCAACUGGUUUUGUCAUUGACCCCGUAAGAAACAAGAAACUGUCAGUAGAGGAAGCUGCAGAACAAGGAGUUGUUGGAAGUGAAUGGAAGAAAAAACUGCUCUCAGCUGAAAGAGCCGUCACAGGAUAUAAAGACCCCUACACUGAAAAGACCAUUUCUCUGUUCCAGGCACUGAAAAAAGAUCUUAUUGUCAAAGAUCAUGGAAUUCGUCUCCUUGAAGCACAAAUUGCUACAGGGGGCAUAAUUGACCCAGUCUACAGCCAUCGAGUGCCUGUACAGGUGGCAUACCAAAGAGGCUACUUUGAUGAAGAAAUGAACCAGAUUCUCUCUGACCCUGAUGAUGACACCAAGGGCUUUUUUGACCCCAACACUCAAGAAAACCUCACUUAUCUCCAGUUGGUUGAAAGAUGUGUCACAGAUCCCAUCACAGGCCUCAGCCUCUUGGUCAUUGUAAAGAAAGGAGAGUUUUAUUUCUUUGUUGAUGAGGCAACAAAGCUCAUUCUGAAAUCUACAACAACCACCAAAGCUGGAGGGAAAUAUCAAGGAACAACGGUAUCUCUGUGGGAACUGCUGUACUCCAUAUACAUCACAGAGGAAAAGAGGAGAGAGCUUGUGCAACAGUACAAGUCUGGAGCAAUCACAACUGAACGCUUCUUAGAGAUGAUACUGACAAUAAUUCAACAAAAGACCACAACAAAGAAAACUAUCACCACAACCACUGUCACAGAAACUACUGAAGUUGACAACUUUCAUGGAAUCAGGAAGGAUGUCAGUGCAACUGAGUUGCUAGAGUCAAAGAUCAUCACUGAGGAUGUCUACAAAGACCUCAGUGCAGGAAAAGUCACAGUGAAGGAAGUAAGUGACAUGGAAUCGGUCCGCAAAUACCUAGAGGGGACCAACAGCAUUGCAGGAGUUUAUCUGCAGUCCACCAAAGAGACUCUGAGCAUCUAUGAAGCUAAACAGAGAGGUCUACUGACCCCUGGGACCUCACUGGUUUUACUGGAGGCCCAAGCUGCAACUGGUUUUGUCAUUGACCCCGUAAGAAACAAGAAACUGUCAGUAGAGGAAGCUGCAGAACAAGGAGUUGUUGGAAGUGAAUGGAAGAAAAAACUGCUCUCAGCUGAAAGAGCCGUCACGGGAUAUAAAGACCCCUACACUGAAAAGACCAUUUCUUUGUUCCAGGCACUGAAAAAAGAUCUUAUUGUCAAAGAUCAUGGAAUUCGUCUCCUUGAAGCACAAAUUGCUACGGGAGGCAUAAUUGACCCAGUCUACAGCCAUCGAGUGCCUGUACAGGUGGCAUACCAAAGAGGCUACUUUGAUGAAGAAAUGAACCAGAUUCUCUCUGACCCUGAUGAUGACACCAAGGGCUUUUUUGACCCCAACACUCAAGAAAACCUCACCUAUCUCCAGUUGGUUGAAAGAUGCGUCACAGAUCCCAUCACAGGCCUCAGCCUCUUGGUCAUUGUAAAGAAAGGAGAAGUGUAUUUCUUCGUUGAUGAGGCAACAAAGCUCAUUCUGAAAUCUACAACAACCACCAAAGCUGGAGGGAAAUAUCAAGGAACAACGGUAUCUCUGUGGGAACUGCUGUACUCCAUAUACAUCACAGAGGAAAAGAGGAGAGAGCUUGUGCAACAGUACAAGUCUGGAGCAAUCACAAUUGAGCGCUUCUUAGAGAUCAUAUUGACAAUAAUUCAACAAAAGACCACAACAAAGACAACCAUCACCACAACUACUGUCACAGAAACAACUCAAAUUGACAACUUUCAUGGACUCAGAAAGGAUGUCAGUGCAACUGAGUUGCUAGAGUCAAAGAUCAUCACUGAGGAUGUCUACAAAGACCUCAGUGCAGGAAAAGUCACAGUGAAGGAAGUAAGUGAGAUGGAUUCAGUCCGCAAAUACCUAGAGGGGACCAACAGCAUUGCAGGAGUUUAUCUGCAGUCCACCAAAGAGACUCUGAGCAUCUAUGAAGCUAAACAGAGAGGUCUACUGACCCCUGGGACCUCACUGGUUUUACUGGAGGCCCAAGCUGCAACUGGUUUUGUCAUUGACCCCGUAAGAAACAAGAAACUGUCAGUAGAGGAAGCUGCAGAACAAGGAGUUGUUGGAAGUGAAUGGAAGAAAAAACUGCUCUCAGCUGAAAGAGCCGUCACGGGAUAUAAAGACCCCUACACUGAAAAGACCAUUUCUCUGUUCCAGGCACUGAAAAAAGAUCUUAUUGUCAAAGAUCAUGGAAUUCGUCUCCUUGAAGCACAAAUUGCUACAGGAGGUAUAAUUGACCCAGUCUACAGCCAUCGAGUGCCUGUACAGGUGGCAUACCAAAGAGGCUACUUUGAUGAAGAAAUGAACCAGAUUCUCUCUGACCCUGAUGAUGACACCAAGGGCUUUUUUGACCCUAACACUCAAGAAAACCUCACCUAUCUCCAGUUGGUUGAAAGAUGCAUCACAGAUCCCAUCACAGGUCUUACUUUACUGCCCUUGCACAAGUAAAUAGGAAGAAAAAAAAUUGGAAGUUUACUCUCAUCUUAUCCUUGUAUAACCUGAUAUUUUAAACUAUGACGUAGGUUUUUAUUGUAAAAUCACUAUUUUGUUCCAGUUUCAAAAUAACCAAACAGUGAAUUCCAUUAUUUUCUACAGUAGGUGACUUGUGGUUUUGAAAACAGCAGUGAGGAAAAUGUAUGCACACUCCUGUGUAAGUGCUUGUUAAGACUAUUGUGCCUUGUAAAACAUUUGUUACUGGAAAGUGUGGGAAAUAUAUGCACUACUCUAUAACCGACUUGACCUUUCUGCCUUUGUACAUGGCUGACUGUGGUAUUUAGAUUCAUGUGCUUUUAAAUGUUAACGCUUCCAUUUGAAGUUUCCUCAUGUUUGUCAGUUACGUUUUACACUGUUAUCGUGCAAGAGCCAAGAUUAACUACCUAUCCUGCAUUUGAAAUUUUUAUAACUUUUGGCAAAGCUUUUAUUUGCUAAAUAUGAACUUUAAUAAUAAAUACAUGACGUGCAAAUUCCA